AUGAGUGGCAAAAAAGUGAAUACAUUCAAUAAGAUUCAGUUAUCGAUACUUAAUAGCGGUUUAAUACCGUUUGAAUACGAGGCUCAAAAUGCCCUGAAACUAGUGCCACAAAAACCGAUUGAUUUCAAUAAAUUCAAUGCACACAUACAGCUCAUGAGAAAGUAUGAAGUGCUGCCUAAGAUUGAAUUUCAUUUUGCGUCAAAAAACGAGACGACAACAAAACACAGCACUAAUCACGCACUCAAAGAGGCCAACGAUAUCAAGAAUACAUUUCCCAAAAAAUGCCUGCCCUUCAACAAAAUGACUACAAUCGUGUGGUCCUAUCAUACCUUCCCGAUGAACCCGAUUCUGAUUACGUGAACGCAUCCUAUGUUGAUGUGAGUGAACACAACAAACAAUGC